CGACGAGGCAGGUACUCACGCUUUCUCUCGUGUUCUAUACAUCUCGAUUCGAUAUUUAUACCAACUAAAGAGAUCAUCCUUCUUCGUUUCCUACGAAGUUAUUUCGAUUUGACGGGGUUAAACGACGUAGAAAUGAAUUACCGGUGCAAUCUUCUCGACGAUCAACAGGUUAACUAGUUGGUUGGUCGUCGUGCAGCAUAUUCGAAAUUGAGUUUGUUAUUAUCGACGACGACGACGACGACAACGACAACGAGGACGACGACUAUCAGAACAGGGAUCAUUAAAAGGAAAAAAGAAAAAAUACAAUAAAAAAAAGUAUCCAUGUUAAGGAUCAAAGAAGGAGCGUAAAUCUAAGGAAGAAAUUAUUUACGAAAGAAGGUAGAGGAAGAAGUAAUAAAAAAACGGAGAAUAUAUUUAGACAAAUCGUAGAAAAAAUGGCAACGAAUAGUCCAGAAUCAUCGAUCCAUUCUAAAUCCCCAAGGAGUCCACGUCAGCUACCUCAGUUGCCACGUAUCCCGAUCUCAGGACAAAGAAGUCCUAGUCAGUUGUCGGUUACAAAGACACCGAGUACCCCUCUAGUUUUUGAAUUCCCAGCUGAAUAUUAUCCUGAAACACCUAACACUAAUUUUGAUUUCGAUACGUUUGCUCGCUGCACGGAUAUCGAACAACGUGGCUCCUCACGAAGUCCAUCUUAUUAUUCAAUAAAUAAAAAUCAGAAAAGUCCUAAUAGCAGUGAUACUACGCUUCAAUCGUCUGGUAGAAAAUCACCGAUAUUUAAAUUCUGUGAUAAAAAUUUAAUAUCAUCUUCGAGUAAUAAUACGAUUAUAUCUGGCAAUAGAACGAUAAGCUCUUCGAAUUUUGUACCGAAAAGUCCGAAUACGGUCGACCGUCGAAGAAAUUCAUCUUUUGGUUUGGGCGGACCUAAAAGUCCAAUAUCACCGACAAUAGUGGCUCCUACAUCUUCGUCGUCUCAUGGCAGUCCCAAACACACGGAUUCUGAAGUGAGAUCUUGUAAGGAUGGAAGCUUUGGUACUCAAGACGAGAACGUUGAUCAAAAUUGUUCGGUGAACGAGAAAACCCGUGUGAAUAAGAUGGGUGGCCACUUGAAUCGUAGUCAAGGAUGCUUGAACGAGGCUACUCGAUGUUGCGAAGGAAUUUCUGUUGAUACCACCGGAAAUAAUAGAAAAGAAAAAAACAUGGCAAGAAGAUCGACUAGUGAUCUUACUGAGAUCGGUGAUGCCGAGACCGAAGUCACUUUAUUGUCUAGUCCGAGAAGACGAGGGUCCAUGAAGGGUGGACUAGCUUACUUGGCGUCACGCCGUGGCUCUCGCGAUAGUCAAUGUUCGAACAUAUCGAAUAUUAGUAACGAGAAUGUUGGUCCAUUGAAUUUCAAUGCUCAUCCACGUGUCCGGCAACGAAGGACUUCUAAUUUCCUCGAAUUACCAGUGCCGGAUCAUAUACGACCUCGAGUGCACAGCUUACCCGAAAAAGCGUACAAUCCGAGAGCUGGCGACGAUCUCUACAGAUUGAGGGCAUUCAGUAUUACUCACAAAGGUGUCGUCAAUCGUGGCGAUUCUAUAAUAUCUCGACGUAGCAGGAGCAAUACCUCAGUAAAUAGUAGCAGGAACAGCAAUGUAUCCGGUGAAAGGUCACCGUUCGAAGGAUCCUGUUGCAGUGGUCAAGGUGGUGCUGAAAGUACCGAAAGUGAGAUCGAGGAAAUACCAAAAUAUCGAGUGGUUUUACUCGGUGACUCUGGGGUUGGCAAAACAGCCUUGGUCUCACAAUUCAUGACGAGCGAGUAUAUGAACACAUAUGACGCCAGUUUAGAUGACGAAUUUGGAGAAAAAACAGUUUCUAUUUUGCUCGACGAGGAAGAAUCAGAAAUGAUUUUCAUUGAUCAUCCCCAUAUAGAGAUGAGCGUUGAGAACUCUCUAUCUACGUACGAACCGCACGCCUGCAUCGUCGUAUAUUCCAUAGUAUCUCGAACAAGUUUUCAAAUGGCCGAAGAAAUACUGAAUUACUUGUGGAGAGAACAUUACACACAGGAACGAUCGGUUAUCGUGGUUGGAAAUAAGUCCGAUCUGGCUCGAAGCCGUACGAUUUUAUCGAAUGAAGGGAAACAACUGGCGACGUCUCGGGAAUGCAAAUUCAUCGAAACGUCGAGUGGGAUAAAGCACAACGUGGACGAGCUUUUGGUUGGUGUUCUCAAACAGAUUCGUUUGCGUGAAAGCCGUGAAAAGAAGCUAAGACGUCAAUGUAAUAAGGGCAAGAUGUCGAAGCUCCACGCUAGUAAAACAGCUCACAGUCUCAAUCUCGCGAGAGAAAUAUUAAAUAAAAUGUGUUUAAAAGAUAGUAAAAGUAAGAGCUGCGAAAAUCUUCACGUUCUUUAAGAAAAAAAAAAAGAAGAAGAAGAAAAGAAUAAUAUCAGCAAAUGAUAAAAGCUUGAAGACUAUCUUCUCUGACUUCUUUCUUGCGAAAGAAAAUUCGAUUUAUUUCUUAUUUUAAGUUUUGAAAUAACGAGAAUGAUUAUAGUGAUAUAAUUAUUUAAAAAAUUAGCAGUCGUCGACUAGCCGAUUGUGUAUGUAUGUAAGUACAUACGUUACGUAUAUGUAUGUAUUUACGUAUGCAUGUAUCUAUCUAUCUAUCUAUAUAUUUAUCUAUCAAAUUUAAGUUGAUCUCGAUGUUGGAAUAUACGAGCUGCACUCAUCAUUCUGACUUUUAAGCAUGAUCGUGUAUGUCUCUCUCUCUCUGUAUGUGUAUGCGUACAUUGAAGCGGUACCUAAAUUAGAAUUAAGAUGGAUGGUCCUAGAAAUUCUUCUUUCGAACGUAACACGAAUGGCUGAGCCGGUUAAUCUGGCUUGCCAUAUGUCUGCAAUGCAGCGAUUUGAUUAUUUAUUAGAUGCUAAUUAGCGACACGUGUCCUUUUCGUCACUAUUCCUCUCUCUCUCUCUCUCUCUCUCUCUCUCUCUCUCUCUCUCUCUCUCUCCCCUUCUCUCUCUCUCUCUCUCUCUC